ACAUUUUGUCCUUCAACAACUUCAACGUUGGGCGCGACAACACAGUCCAUGCCCCGAUACCAGUCAUUCCCUGAGCCCUAUGGAAGCAACUGACGAGGCUCUCGACAUCCAGGCCCAAGUUCUGCAAACAACCCUCCAGGAGAUCACAGCGACGCGACGGGCGAGUGCCGCCAACGUUGAGAAAGAUGGCGAGGGCGUGGAUGAUGAUGAUGAUGAGGUAGCCGAGGCAGACGACUGCUGUGUCAUCUGUCUUGAUUCCAUCUCAGAACCUUGCACUGCUAUGCCAUGUGCUCAUUCCCACUUUGACUUUGUAUGUCUUGUGAGCUGGCUUCAAGAACAUCCAAACUGCCCACUAUGCAAGGCCGCCAUCUACAAGGUCCGAUAUGUCGACUCGACCUCCAACGAGAGCUUCUAUCGAGUACCUAAUGCCCCGAGGCCGCGCAAUACAAAUGAGAACAAUGGGAACGGGGACCAGUCGGGGAACCCGGCACUAUCAAACCUCCUUCGGCAACGCCGUAACGACCAGCGCCGACGACGAGAUCGCGACGCUAAUACUCAUAGUACACCCACCCCAGGGGAAGCUAUAGAACGUCGCAGACACAUAUAUCGGCACCAAUUAUAUUCUUUACACGUUGGCUCAAACCGCAUUUCCGGAUACAAACCAACCCCAACGCCUGAUCAGUUUGCCACUACACCACACCUAACAACCCGUGCCCGUCUCUGGAUACGACGCGAGCUACAAGUGUUCGCCUUUCUCUCCGACCCCGAACCAACUGCUGGCCCCAGUGGCAGUACGAGUAAUGCCUCCGAACGCGAACUGACCCGCCGCCGAAACAACGCUGAAUUUCUCCUCGAGUAUAUCAUAGCCAUCCUCAAAACGGUCGACAUACAGGGCAGCGCCGGCCAGGCAGAAGAUAUGCUGGCUGAUUUUCUAGGACGAGAUCACGCACGCUUGUUUUUGCAUGAACUGAGGAGCUGGCUGAGGAGUCCGGCACACUCGCUUGUGGCGUGGGAUAAGGAAGUUAAAUACCCUCAUGCUUCAAGCACAGGUGAAGCCAGCAGAAAGCGGAAGGCGCAAAAUUCUUUAGAUGUGGAUGAUGAAGGGGAAGAUAACAUUAGGCGACAUGCAUCUGGAUCCGAGAGGAGUCAGACCCCAAGAUGGCCAGAACGCAACACUCACCAUCGGCAAACCGGCCAUGAAAGGAUAUGGAGGCGCAGAGACUUUGGCAGGAGUCCUAGACGGGAUGGUAACUCGGAAAGCAACCGCCAAGGGUCAGGCUGACCUCCAGUCUCGCGCUAUGAGAUAGUUAACCGAGCCGCAUCCCUCCCUUCGACGCAAAAAGAUGAAAAGUGGAGCUGAUAGUCGCAUAAAUAAGCUGUCGAUAAAAUAUCUGGAUGCGAACAUCUACGGCCGCGUUCGGGGGCCCAAGUGCUAAUCGAUGAGGAAAUGUUGGGUACCGGCCACUUGACUCUGAGGUUACCAAUGGAACCGCAUGUGCCGUAAUGGGGAGGCUCCAAAGCAACAGUUGCAAAGCGAUGUCAGGCGUCCGUGUGCCUUGACAAUCAAGCUUUCGGAUAUCCCGACAAUUUGGAUAUGCUUCAGGUCCUUUCACGCACUACGCCGCCUCGAAGCAUCGAUCGAAAUUUACCUCAUCGAGCUGGUUUUCGUUAUCGAAGGGCAGUGGUCAGAAUUAUUUCGAACUCCAUGGUUCUGAGUAAGCGACCAACAUGUGGCAGCACUACAUGCAUGGUGGCAUAUGGAAAGAGAUGGUGUGAAGCGGCAUUCAGGUGGGCCAGCCCUCCAAAUCUUGCCGCAAUGCCCAAGAAUUUCAAUCAGAAAAGAAAAGCAAUGGCAGACUUCGAACCUGACCGAGAACUUCACAAGGGUUGGGUUAAUCUUUAGUCCAUGCUGCCACAUACCGGAAUCUCCUCGUGGUGCACCCUGGGCGUUCGAGAUAUCGACUGAUGACAAGUGAAGAGGACUGGCAAAAUUGAAACAGCUGGAUAAAGAUUGUGACAUCUCCCCGAGAAAUGUCUCUUCAAUGACCACCGGGAUGGAUGGGCCAUGGUGACCUGGGCAUCCCGCCUUUUCGCGCUCAAGACACAAGAGCUCCAAUCAUCACCGCGUGUGUUUCGGCUCGAGUGUACCUUCACAACCGGCCACCCACACCAUCUUGAUGCACCUCAAGUCCAGUCUGCGUCAGUCUAAUACAUCAGCUCGUCUCGAAGUGGAAGGCAUCAGGACUUCCCGAACCCCCAUCAUGCCAGUCACCCUAUUUCACCAACCAAAGCCGCAGUCUCCAGAGGGUUG